AUGUCGACCGUUUUGCCUCCGCCGUCGAAAAGACAGCGCCGCGAGGGCCUCGAGCGUUCUCGUGUUCAACAAGAUGUUACUGCCGCCUCCGGGCCGGAGGGUUCCUUCAAGGCCCGCUUCGUCGACCCAGAUGGCAACCAGCAGGCGCUGGUCGAGGUGCCGCUGGCCGACGCUUCAGAGAAAAACUUGUCGCUUCUCUUGAAUACACUUCUGGCUAGGGAGAAGGAGGACUUCGUCCCAUACAGAUUCCGAAUCCACAUCCCGGAUAGCGAUAUCAUUGUCGACCAGUAUCCCACUGAUCUACUACAACUACUGCGCAGUCAUGGCAUCGAGAACCCUUUCGAAACCACAGUCACACUUAGUGCCGAACCACAGGCAGUCUUCAAAGUGAAGGCCGUCACUCGCAUGUCGCAUCGCAUUCCAGCGCACGGCGAAGCCAUUCUUGCAGCACAAUUCCCACCCCAGACGAGCAGCUUGCUGGCCACAGGAUCUGGCGACAAUACCGCGAGAAUCAUGGACACCGAUACCGGAACGCCCAAGUAUACUCUUUCUGGCCACAAGGGCUGGGUGUUGUGCGUUGCGUGGUCGCCAGAUGGGCUCCGCCUUGCGACUGGCAGCAUGGACAAGACGGUACGGCUGUGGGACCCGGUGACUGGCAAAGCUGUUUCUGGUGGAACGUUCAGCGGCCACGCCAAAUGGGUGACAAAUAUCGCCUGGGAGCCGUACCACCUUUGGAGGGACGGCACACCCCGCCUGGCAAGUGCUAGCAAGGACUCAACAGUGCGCGUGUGGAUUGUAGACAAUGGCGUAACCGAGCAUGUGCUGUCAGGACACAAGAGCAGCGUCAGCUGUGUCAAAUGGGGAGGCACAGGAAACAUCUAUACCGCCAGCCACGACAAGACAGUCAAAGUCUGGAACGCAGAGCUCGGCACGCUGAUUCAUACGCUUUCUUCUCAUGCGCAUUGGGUCAAUCAUCUGGCAUUGUCGACCGAGUUUGCGCUGCGAACCGCGUACUUUGACCACACGCCGACUCCGACAACAGAAGAGGAAAAGCGUGCCAAGGCCAAGGAAAGAUUUGAGAAGGCUGCCAAAAUACAAGGAAAAGUUGCUGAGCGGCUAGUCUCGGCAAGUGAUGACUUUACCAUGUAUCUCUGGGAUCCGUCGCAAGGGACAAAACCAGUGGCGAGAAUGCUGGGCCACCAAAAGCAAGUCAACCACGUAACGUUUUCUCCGGAUGGAAGCUUAAUCGCCAGCUCGGGCUGGGAUAACCACACGAAGCUAUGGAAUGCCAGGGACGGAAAAUUCAUCAACACUCUCCGCGGCCACGUGGCACCAGUAUAUCAAUGCGCAUUUUCUGCCGACUCGCGACUUCUUGUAACAGCAUCCAAGGAUACGACGCUGAAGGUGUGGUCGAUGGCGACGCAUAAGCUGGCCUCGGACCUGCCGGGGCAUCAAGAUGAAGUGUACGCUGUUGAUUGGAGUCCCGACGGCAAGAAGGUUGGCAGUGGUGGCAAGGACAAGGCUGUACGCCUUUGGUGCAAUUAA